AUGCUAGAAUCGUUCUCUUUAAUCCCGUUGCUGGCUCGGUUUACGUAACAGAAUAAGCAAACAUAAUAGACUGGACAAAGUGUGAAAUUAAGACGUAUUGGUCUUUGAACACAAUAUUGUGUAGUGUAGUCCUUUCCCCAAUUUGUUGUGUGUUGACAGUACACAAAUCAAAGCAUAAGUAAACGCACACACAUGAGAAUCUGUGAUGAUACCGGGUGACAGAAAUAACGCAUCUACCAAUAAAUCAUAGUUUCCCAUCUGCACUUCAUGAAUGGAUACUUUUUGUUUAAUACACACCUCAAGUCAUCACAGAGCACGUUUUGUGAGAUAGCGGAUAGCGACCACCGUUUACAUAGUAACGCUGUAUGAUGGACACCGCGGACAUUAAAUCUGUCGAAGUGCUCGAGGAAUCUACCGGCCUGAAACUCUCUAAAAUUAUUCCUUUGAAUUAAUACAUUCUUAAUACGGGGAUCCUGCCUCCUGAUAUGAAAUGGGUGAUCCGGAGGAAGAGGGUCGGAGCAAUUCCGAAUCGUCGGAUACUGCCGAAAACUCAACGAAACCAGCCGAAGGUGACACGGAAACUACCGAGAAGGACACGAUGAGUGGAGUUUGUAGCGAAUGUGGGAAACCUCCUUCUUUCUACAGCAUCUAUGACAGACAGAAAAUAUUGUUUUGCUCUUCAGAAUGUCACGGAAAGAGAAAUGAAAAAGAAAGAUCACCAAAUCUAAUGCUUGUUAAGCUGGUGGAGAAGAAGAGUGAUGAUGUGGAAGAUAAAGCUAACGAGGAAAAGGAUACUGGUGAACUAGUAGAUGCAGCGCUUGAUCAGGACAUCUUUGAAUGCUGUCAUGGCGGACUCACGAACAACACAAAUCUGCAUAAGUUAUUAGAAGGCGGGGCUGAUGUAAAUCAAAAGGAUCCAAGCGACCAACCAUUGCUCAUCUACGCGGUAGCAAAUGGUGACGUCACGACUAUCAAUCUAUUAUUGGAGAAAGGUGCUGACAUUAAUCAACGCGGUAAAGGACAGACCACGCCCCUUAUGACUGCCGCUGAUAUUGGUGCUAAAGAAAAGGUUUCAUUCUUAUUAAGUAAAGAUGCAGACACAAUACUAAAAGAUGACGAUGGAAAGACAGCGCUCCAUAGAACUGAAAGAAAUCGAAAUACCAAGUGUGCUGAUUUGCUGAUCGAGAAAAAUCCUGAACUCUUACAAGCUCGUGACAACUGCCAACAAACUAUUUUACAUCAAGCGGCUGGGGAGGGUAACAAGGAUCUUGUUGAAUUUUUGUUAGAGAAGGACGCUGAUCUGUGUGCCAUGGAUAAUCUAGAUCGAUCAGCUCUUCAUUGGGCGGUUAUACAAGGCAUGGAAUCAGUAGUGGAAAGUCUACUUGAACGAGAUUGUUCUAAAGUAAUAGACCUACCUGAUCGAUUUGGAGUCCGAUCGAUACAUUAUGCGAUACAGAGCAAUCGAGCAGAUAUCGCUGAAAUGAUUAUCGGGAAGAGCCCAUAAUCCCGGAACGGCCAGAGGAUAUCGAAGUGUAAUUCGGAAGAUUCAUGAUUGGCAAGGUUAAUAUAUGGUCGGCGUUCAUCCGAACCGUCGUAUCAGUCAAUUUUGGUAAAAAAUAAAUAAAAUAAAAAUCGAUUUUGAGAUUUUUUGAGAAAGUUAAACUACAAGUCCCAUUCUAUUCAUUAAUAAAUUAUCUGGGCAGCAAUUUAAUUUAGUUUCUGUGAUAAUUACGAGGUGAUUUUCACGGCAAAGACAUAAUAAAAAAAAAAUCGCAAAACCCAUUGGAAACUAGCUGUAGCAGAGCGAUACGACGUUUUGACUGACCGCGAUUUCAAUGCGCGCGGUCAGCCAAACCGCCGUACGCGGCCAUCGACACUGCAUUGACUUUGCACGUGAAAAGUGAUACGACGUUCUGAAUGACCGCGCGCAUCCCCUAUGGCGUUUUUGUACAGGGAAAAUCUUAAUCGCUCAAACCGGAAUUACAAGCAUGGAGCUCUUUUGUGAUAUUUUCGCUGAUCCUUAGUUUUGUGUUAAAAUAAGGAUACCAAUUUCAAUCAAUCGUCUUGGUCUUUCAAACAAUGUAUUUUUCUAGCCAUGAAUUUGUUGCAAGGCUGGGGAACUACGUGUGAAAUUUAUAGUAAACUUUGAAGUCAAUUUUCUUGGAAAUGGGUUUGCACCGUCGUAUAGUGAUACGACGGUUCGGAUGACCGCCGACGAAAGCCUUAGAAUUUAGUCGAAUCGCGAACGUCGUUCUAGAAUUUAAUUGCUUUCUUGAGUAAGUCAGCAGAGGAAGAUGUCUUCACACUAGCACGAAGGUGAUACCAUAGCUUUGCAGCAACCACAGGGAAGGACGUUUCACCUGCUGAAUAAGCCAGACAGUGGCAUAACAGGCGGGGGGGGGGGGGGAAGGGGGGCAAGCUGCCCCCUGGCGGAUUUCACCGGAAAAAAAAAACGGGAAAAAAAAGGGAGGGAGAAAGAAAAAAAGAGAAAGGGGGAGGAAAGGGAAAAGUGAAAAGAAAACGAAGAUUUUUUUAAUGGAAAAGGAAAAAAAUCGGGAAAAGGUACGAAAGAAGAACAUUAUCAUUCCGAAAUAGGCUUAUGUAAUGCAAUAGCAUGAUGGGAAAUACAUUAAAAGAUGACAAAAUGGCAAACAAUAGCGGGAAACAAAGGUAGAAUGGAUUUAGUCAAAAGCUAAAUUAUAGAACAAAGAAAAUGGACAAGAAAAAAAAUAAUAACACGACCGGGCUGCCAAGGAUAAAAGAUAAAGAGCGGGAAGAAAGAUGGACUGCAUAUAGGGGCUCUUUAUCAAUAACCAGCGCCCCCGUUCAAUCACCUUCAAUCUCUGGCGUACAGGCGCACGGGGGGGGGGGGUGUCUUAGUUCCACACCCAAGAGGAAAUAAAAGAAAUUAUAGCAGACAACGUAUAAUGAAAUGAAUGUAAACAAUGAAAUGUGUUAUUUACUGAAUAUAAUGGAAAAAUCUAUCACAUAAUUAUAAUUUAAUUUCAAUAGGCAUUUUUUUCCAGCUGGCUUUGCACGCUGGCGACUUUUAACAAAUUCAAUUCACUUUACUCACAUCCAUUAAAAAGGUACAAUAUUCAAUAUUAUAUGAACAAUAAAAAACAAUACAUAAACAAAUCAAUAUAAUGACAAAUAGAAAGAGUAGAACCAACAUGCAGUGGAUGUAGGAUGUAAAUUUUCCCACAUUGCUAUAUUUUGGCCCCUCAAAUAUUUUUGGUUCAAUACGCAACUGGGUUGUAUAAAUGUGUUAAGCUAUAUUCUGUAUAUACCCGCAAUUUGAUUAAAAUAGCGGCGAUCUGCGAGGUUUAAAUGGCUUUGGUAUCAAGAAGUUCCGGGGGCUUCGCCCCGGACCCCAACCGCACAGCACUGCUGUAUAUAUAUGAGUAUGGAAGGGUUGGGCCAAUGGCCCCCAAAAGUUCUACAAACAAAAAAAGAGAGGAAAGAAAAGCGAAGAAAAAGUGUAGGAUAUAAUUUUAUUUACUGAAUAUAAUUUCAAAAAUAUCUCAAAGUUAGAUUCUCAUGAAAGUGUGAUUUUUUUCUCGCUCGCUUCGCUCGCUCGGGACGAACAUUAAGCAGCUUUUUAGCACAUGUUUCUUACUGCGCCCCUCGUUUUUUUUUACUCUUCAUGCUACUGCCGCAAAUAAUCCUGUUCACAGUGGCGUACAGACCACAAAAAAGAAAUGGAAAUAGAGAAGAGUGAAAUAUAUUAUUUUCUGGAUAUCAUGUAAAAAUCUAUCACAAAAUUAGAUUUUUGUAUUAAAAAGGUCAAAAUUUUUGCUCGCUCGCUCGCAUUU